ACCCAGAAUUCCUAGCGCAUACGUAGUCUGUUGACAUUCACCGUCGCGGCUGAUAUACGUGUUUGAAAGUACUAAAGCAGUGCAUGGAUCAGAGUGACACAGAGUAAUGUCCCCUCCACGGCUCACCGGUGCUCUGCGCUCUUUUUCUAAUGUCACCAAGAAGGAAGACCUCAAUGAACUACAAUAUGAUCUAAAGAAAAAGCGUCUAAAGAGGCAGGAGCUGUUUGCCAGAGAAGGUUUGACAUGGCAGAAGAUCGUCCAUUUCUGCACCAAGCACGAAGACAGAACUCAGCUGCAAGCUGCCAAUCAACAACUGAAGAGUCUCCUUUUGGCAGCAAAACAGAUCGUGGGGACUGAAAGCGGUCAUGAAGCCAUUGAAAGUGCUGCCGUCUUCCUGUUUGAGACCUUUCACAACAAAGACCACGUUGGCACUGAGGAGACCCGGGCUAUUAAGCAGAUGUUUGGUCCGUUUCCUUGCUCUGCAGCUGAGGCUUCCUGUGCUGCUGUUGCGCAGCUGGUGGUUCCACUGGGAGAAUCCCGGGUUGAGGAAUUCAUCAGUGCCCAAAGCCUUCAUCACAACACUCAGCAACGUUUUUCUUUUGGCCACAACAUCAGCUUCUCAUAUGACUGCUACACGCUGGACCCGCUGGAGGACCUGUCCCAUUCAGGGAUUCCUGAGGAGACUGUGAAUCUAGACUUCAGCCAUUUCUUAAACAGCCAGCACAGUGGGAGGAAGGUUGCCAGGGAGGAAGAAGUGCCCAGUUCAGACAGCGCUACAGACGGAAGCAUCCUUAGAAGCGAGGUGGAGAAGUACCUGAAUGGAGUCAACAUAAUUUCGUCCAGCCCGGAGGAGCUGUGCACCUCCCUCUUUGAAAUGCUGGCCUCCCAAAAGAGUGAUGAUGAGCUGCAGAAUGAGCUAUUUGAGCUUCUGGGCCCAGAGGGGCUGGAAAUGAUCUCCACGCUCCUUCAGCGAAGGGCAGAUAUAGUCGACUCACUCCUCACAAUCCCACCUGACAGGGUUGGCUACCCAACAGAUUUUUGUUAUAAAGUCGACAGUGAAGUGACCAAGCCCAGCUUUGGCUGCCAAGUGACCAUUCAGUCCGAACAGGAGAAACAGAUGAUGAAAAUGUACCGGAGAGAGGGGAAGAGAGAGCGGAAGAAAGGAAAAGGCAUUGAUGACACAGACUCCUCAGACUCUGGCUUCUAUUUCGACCCCAAAGAGAUGAGAAUCCAGCGGGAGCAGGCCCUGCUGACAGCACGACGUGAACCCCUGUUGAGCAGAGAAAGAACACAUGAACGUGUUCACUAUCCCAAUGUCUACGACAGCUAUGCAGAGGCCACAAAGAUGUCUGCUUUUGUAGGAGGAGCUAAGAUGCUGCUGCCUGAAGGAAUCCGUAGAGAGAACAACAAGAUGUAUGAGGAGGUUGAAAUCCCACCAAAUGAUCCUAAACCCAUUGGCGUUGAAGAGAAGCCUGUCUACAUCUCUGAGCUGGAUGAGAUCGGGCAGCUGGUGUUCAAAGGCAUGAAGCGUCUGAACAGGAUCCAGUCUAUGGUGUUUGAAACGGCCUACAACACCAAUGAAAACCUUCUAAUCUGUGCUCCAACUGGUGCGGGAAAGACAAACAUCGCCAUGCUGACUGUACUUCAUGAGAUCCGCCAGCACCUCCAGCCUGGCGGUGUGAUCAAGAAGGAUGAAUUCAAGAUUGUCUAUGUGGCACCUAUGAAGGCCUUGGCAGCUGAAAUGACAAAUUACUUCAGCAAGCGAUUGGAACCACUGGGCAUUACAGUUAAAGAACUCACCGGAGACAUGCAGCUAACCAAAGGAGAGAUCCUACGAACACAGAUGCUGGUGACCACACCGGAGAAAUGGGACGUUGUGACCAGGAAAAGUGUUGGAGAUGUUGCUCUGUCUCAGAUCGUGCGUCUCUUAAUCCUGGAUGAAGUUCACCUUCUCCAUGAGGAUCGGGGCCCUGUCCUGGAGAGCCUGGUGGCCAGGACCAUCAGACAGGUCGAGUCCACCCAGAGUAUGAUCAGGAUCCUGGGCCUUUCAGCCACCCUGCCCAACUACCUUGACGUGGCAGCCUUUCUGCAUGUCAACCCCUACAUUGGCCUCUUCUUCUUUGACAGUCGCUUCAGACCGGUGCCUCUUGGACAGACAUUUGUGGGUAUAAAAAGUAACAACAAGAUCCAGCAGCUUCAUGACAUGGAGGAGGUGUGUUAUGACAAAGUUCUGGAGCAGGUUAAAGCUGGUCACCAGGUGAUGGUAUUGUCCACGCUCGUAAUGCCACCAGUAAGGACAGCGAUGGGGCUGAUUGAGGUGGCGAAGAACCGUGGAGAAACGACCUUCUUUCAGCCAGACCAGGGUCCAGACUUUGGCCACUGUGAGAAACAGAUCCAGCGCUCCAGAAACAAGCAGAUGAAGGAGAUGUUUCCGGAAGGUUUUGGGAUCCACCAUGCUGGCAUGCUGCGGUCUGACCGCAACCUGAUGGAGAACAUGUUCUCCAAAGGCCACCUGAAGGUGCUCGUCUGCACGGCCACGCUGGCCUGGGGAGUGAAUCUGCCCGCACACGCUGUCAUCAUCAAGGGCACUCAGAUCUAUGAUGCUAAGCGUGGUACUCUGGUAGAUCUUGGCAUCCUAGACGUCAUGCAGAUUUUUGGGCGCGCAGGUCGUCCGCAGUUUGACAAGUACGGCGAAGGAACAAUCAUCACCACUCAUGACAAGCUAAGUUAUUACCUCACCCUGCUCACGCAGCAGAACCCCAUUGAGAGCCAGUUCCUGGACAGCCUGGCUGACAAUCUCAACGCUGAGAUUGCCCUGGGAACAGUCACCAAGGUGGAGGAGGCAGUGAAGUGGCUGAGCUAUACCUACCUGUAUGUCCGUAUGAGGGCCAACCCACUGGCAUAUGGCAUCAACCACAAAGCCUACCAGAUGGACCCAUCCUUGGAGCUGUACAGAAAGGAGCUGGUGAUUGAGGCAGGCAGGAAACUGGACAAAGCCAGGAUGAUUCGCUUCGAGGAGCGCACCGGAUACUUUGCCUCCACUGACCUGGGCCGGACUGCCAGCCACUUCUAUAUUAAAUACAACACCAUUGAGACAUUCAACGAGCUUUUCAACUCUCAGAGAAAUGACGCUGAAAUCCUCAGUAUUGUAUCCAAAUCUGAGGAGUUUGAACAGCUCAAGGUGCGUGAGGAGGAGAUGGAAGAGCUGGAGCAGUUGCUGUGUAACUACUGCGAGCUGCCGGCUGCAGGCGGGGUAGAGAAUGGCUACGGCAAGGUUAACAUUCUGCUGCAGACGUACAUCGGUCGAGGCGAGGUGGACAGCUUCUCCCUCAUCUCAGAUCUGUCUUAUGUGGCCCAGAAUGCUGCUCGGAUCGUCAGGGCUUUAUUUGAGAUUGCUCUCAGGAAACGGUGGCCGGCCAUGACCUACCGGCUCCUCACCCUCUGCAAAGUGAUUGACAAGCGGCUGUGGGGCUUUGCUCACCCUCUACGUCAGUUCCCUGUGCUAAACCACAUCAUACUGAACCGCUUGGAGGAGAAAAAGCUCACUGUGGACAGACUGAAGGAAAUGAGAAAGGAUGAGAUUGGUCACAUUCUGCGCCAUGUCAAUGUUGGGUUGACGGUCAAACAGUGUGUGCACCAGCUCCCUUCAAUCUUAAUGGAGGCCAGCAUCCAGCCAAUCACACGCACUGUCCUCAGAGUUCGUCUCAUCAUCACACCUGAUUUUCGCUGGAAUGACCAGGUCCACGGGUCAGUGGGUGAGCCCUGGUGGUUAUGGGUGGAGGAUCCCAUUAAUGAUCACAUCUACCACUCUGAGUACUUCAUCCUGCAGAAGAAACAGGUGGUGACAGGAGAGCCUCAAAACAUUGUUUUCACUAUCCCUAUCUUUGAGCCGCUGCCCUCACAGUACUACAUCAAGGUCGUGUCCGACCGCUGGCUCGGGGCCGAGGCCGUCUGCAUCAUCAACUUUCAGAACCUCAUCUUACCUGAACGACACCCUCCGCACACCGAGCUGUUGGAUCUGCAGCCUUUGCCGGUGAUCGCUCUGGGUAACCGGGCAUAUGAGAACCUGUACAAGUUCACCCACUUCAAUCCGAUCCAAACGCAGAUCUUCCACACGCUUUAUCACACUGACACCAACGUCCUGCUGGGGGCGCCAACGGGCUCUGGAAAAACCAUUGCUGCAGAGAUGGCCAUGUUUCGGGUUUUCAACAACUAUCCUGGCUCUAAGGUGGUUUAUAUUGCUCCCCUGAAAGCCCUAGUCAGAGAGAGGAUUGAGGACUGGAAGAUUAGGAUGGAAGAGAAACUGGGGAAAAAAGUGGUGGAGCUGACCGGUGACGUGACCCCAGACAUGAGGGCGAUUGCUCAGGCCGAUCUCAUUGUGACCACACCGGAGAAGUGGGAUGGUGUCAGUCGAAGCUGGCAGAACCGAAGCUAUGUUCAAAAAGUCGCCAUUCUCAUCAUAGAUGAGAUUCACCUGUUGGGGGAGGACAGAGGUCCAGUUUUGGAGGUCAUCGUGUCCAGGACCAACUUUAUUUCCUCCCACACAUCUAAGACCGUUCGAGUAGUUGGUCUGUCCACAGCUCUGGCCAAUGCUCGAGAUCUUGCUGACUGGCUGGGAAUUGGACAGGUUGGUCUUUUUAACUUCCGUCCUUCUGUUCGCCCGGUUCCCCUGGAAGUUCAUAUCCAUGGUUUCCCAGGACAGCACUACUGCCCUCGUAUGGCCACCAUGAACAAGCCCACCUUCCAAGCAAUCCGCAGCCACUCCCCAGCAAAGCCGGUGCUGAUCUUUGUCUCAUCACGACGCCAGACGCGGCUGACAGCCCUCGACCUCAUCGCCUACCUGGCCUCGGAAGACGACCCCAAACAGUGGCUACAUCAGGAUGAGCGGGAGAUUGAAGAUAUCAUUGCGACAGUUCGGGAUUCCAACCUAAAGCUAACCUUGGCCUUUGGGAUUGGAAUGCAUCAUGCCGGUCUGCAUGAACGAGACAGAAAAACUGUGGAGGAGCUCUUUGUCAACUGCAAGAUCCAGGUUUUAAUCGCUACCAGUACUCUGGCCUGGGGGGUGAACUUUCCUGCUCACCUGGUGGUCAUCAAGGGAACUGAAUACUAUGAUGGGAAAUCCAGGCGCUAUGUGGACUACCCUAUUACAGAUGUUUUGCAGAUGAUGGGACGAGCGGGUCGGCCUCAGUUUGAUGACCAGGGUAAAGCAGUCAUCCUUGUCCAUGACAUCAAGAAAGACUUCUACAAGAAGUUCCUCUAUGAACCUUUCCCCGUCGAGUCCAGCCUCCUCAGUGUGCUGUCUGACCAUCUGAAUGCUGAAAUUGCUGCAGGAACCAUCUCCUCCAAACAGGAUGCCAUGGACUACAUCACCUGGACUUACUUCUUCAGGCGUCUGGUCAUGAACCCCAGUUAUUACAGCCUGGAAGACAUCAGUCAUGAGUCCAUCAAUAAAUUCCUGUCCAACCUGGUGGAGAGAAGCUUGCGUGAACUGCAGUGCUCCUACUGCAUAGACAUAAAGGAGGAUGAUCGAACCAUUGAGUCGAUGACUUACGGUCGCAUUGCCUCCUACUACUACCUGAAGCACCCGACUAUCCGCAUGUUUAAAGAGCGCCUGCGGCCGGAGCUGCCAGUCCACGAGCUGCUCUCUGUUCUAACGGAUGCUGAGGAAUACGCCGAGCUGCCCGUCAGACACAAUGAGGACCAGCUGAACAGCCAGCUGGCUCAGCAGCUCCCCCAACAGGUCAACCCACACUCCUACGACAGCGCCCACACCAAGACCCACCUGCUGCUGCAGGCCCACUUCAGCCACGCCCAGCUGCCCUGCAGCGAUUACAUCACUGACACGAAGACUGUGCUGGACAAUGCCAUCCGGAUCUGUCAGGCGAUGCUGGAUGUAGCUGCCAACGAGGGUUGGCUGGUUACGGCUCUGAGUAUCUGCAACCUGGUGCAGAUGAUUGUCCAAGGCCGCUGGCUGCAUGACUCCUCCUUACUGACUCUGCCCCACGUGGAGCAGCAGCACCUCUAUCUGUUCAGGAGGUGGGAGAAGAGGAAGGGCGCAGUAGGAGGCUUCCAUGGGUCAAUAGAAGGACUUCCUGAGCUGAUUGCUGCCUGUGACGGAAGGGAAAGUGUUUUUGCUGCUAUCAUUGGCAAAGAGUUUGAAGCCCAUCGGAUUUCCCAGGCUUGGGCCUUCUUAAGCCAUCUGCCAGUGGUGGAGGUUAAGAUGAGUGUGAAGGGCUGGUGGGAGGAGAGCCAAGAGCAGACAGAGCGCCCCCUGCCUGUGGUGUGCGGCAGCCUACGGGAGAAGAGCAGUUGGCUGGAUGUGCACGCUGAUCAGGAGUACGUUCUGCAAGUGUCACUGAGACGCAUCAACAUGGGCCAGCAAAAGAGGAAACAGGACAGUAAGGCCCAGGCUCCCAGGUUCCCCAAGGCAAAGGACGAGGGCUGGUUCCUGGUCAUGGGAGAAGUGGAUCGAAGAGAGCUGUUGGCUGUCAAACGAGUGGGAUAUGUGCGCAAUCGCACAGCUGUAUCUGUGGCUUUCUACACACCGGAGAAGACUGGAAAAUGUAUCUACAUGCUCUAUCUGAUGAGUGACAGCUACCUGGGUCUGGACCAGCAGUACGACAUCUACCUGAAUGUAACACCCCCGAGCAUUGCUGCCCAGGUCAACACUGAAGUGUCCAGCAAAGGAGAUGACCCCUCACACAGCUGAGGUGCCACACCCACCUUUGCAGUGGUCACUGUCCAUAGAGGAGUGAGCCGCGUACGGCGGGGGAGUUGCCUGACCUACGUCUGCAGGAGUCUGUGGUUUAGCGCACACACUUUUGACUGGAUCACUUUGGGAAGAGCCUCAUUUCUUGCCCACUUGCUUUAGUGAUCCUAAAACAAAAAUAUAUUUAAAUUUAUCCGAUUUAAUCAGAGGAGGUGAAGGUCAGGUUCAUGGAGUCAGCUUUAUGUCUGUUAUCAGAGUGGCACUGGCCUUCUCUCUGAGCUCUGUGAUUCACAUCUGAGUGACAUGACAGCAGGUGUUUCCCAUUUAGGAAACUGUGCCACGUGUGUGAUAUCACAGUAAUUUAUUGAACGUCCCCAUUCAGACUGACCAGGCUGAACCAUCCCAAGUGUCAAGUCAAACAGGCUGUUCUUAUGUUUGCCAUCUGGCAGCAAAGCCGCAGUGAAUCCUGAGCAGACGAGAGCUGAGAUUUAAAACAAAAAUCAGCUGCAGGCUGUGUGCCUGCGUGCAAACUGCUGCAGCACCGUGUGCCUACACACACACACACACACACAUCACUGUUCUGUUAAUCUGGCACCUGGUAAAUCUCAAACUAAAAUCUUUGUUUCUCACCUUUGUUAAAAGCUUUUUUGGAGGAUGGAGUUGCAUCAGGAAGGGCAUCCGGUGUUAAACUUGUGCCAAUUCAACAUGCAGAUCCACCCUGAGUGCAAACAAGGGAGCAGCUGAAGGGAUUUACUUUUCAUUUAAAACUAACCAUGUACCAUAUUUUCAUCUUGUGCAUUGAAAAUGUUUUUGAAUCAAAGACCUGUUGCUUCCUCCGCCUCCUGGUUUAUGGAAUACAUCUUUGGUCUCUCUUUUCUGCAGCGUGUAAGUUUUGUCUUGAUGUUGCAGUUUAUUUGGUGCAGUUGUUUUUGCAGUCAGAUGGUUCAUAAUAUUUUUUUGAGAUGUUAAUACAAAGAUAACAGCCACCGUGUGCCGAGAAAGUGUGUUUUCACUGUCAAACAGGACAAAUCUGACUGAGCUGGUUUCAUCACAGGUGACUGAAACGUGCUCCAUUUCAGUUCAGACGUGUCGUCGGCUGGAAACAACUGCCACAGACGGAGCAACCAAAUUUAUCACGUGGCUGGAAUAGAAAUCUGUUUUUUUUUUCUUCAUUCAUACUGGUUUCAUUGUAAAAUUUCAAAAGGCUUUAAAAUCUUUAGCUUGAUAAUGAAUCUGAAUUUACUCAUCUGCAAUGUCCAAAAUGUUGGAACGUUUCAGUUGAUUUGUUGGCUGCUGCCAAAUUCUUUGAACUUUGAAAUAAACCUAAGGUGUUUAUAUGUC